AGCACUUACACACACUAGAUGCAAGCAUCGACAGGCGUUUAUUUGUCAUGUUCUACUCGACUUCUUAAGAGUUGCUCGUCUGCGAUUCUUGACAUCACGCUGAUGGUCUUUACUUCUGCGCGCUCCACCCCGCCUGCCUGCCGGAGCGGAGGAGCGCUGGACCAGAGAGACGCACAGGGAGGGGAGAGCAGAGCGGGCUUAUGAUGACAGCGGCUGUAGCGAGUCUCACUCCGCCAAUUCAAAACUGUAGAAACAGCUCAGACAAAAGUUAAUGAAAAGAACGCCGGUUAUUGUAGUUGGAUAGAGUUGGUUUUUGGAGAACACAGAUCCACUGCAUGCCCAUCUGCGCUCGCUCGCUUCGUAGUCCUUGUUUAGGGAUCUACCGCUGCUGGUUUGAAGUGUAUUUAUGCGUAAAAGAUCAUUUCUGCAGAGUGAUGGCAGGUCGCUACAGUGUCAACUAGGUUGUUUUUCUUGGAGUCAGUGCAUGUGUUGUUACUUCUCUGCACCCCCGCUGAGCAUUUCCCACAUCUUGACUCUUGACAAUGAUCGCUGAAGGUCACGUUUCUGCGCGACGCACUUGUCCCAGUAUUGUGCAUCUUUUCUUUUGCGACCGUGACUUGAUUUACAGAUAACUUUUUAAAAUCUGAACUCAUCAAACCAGCACUGAAACGCAGCAGGGAUGAUAUUUACUCAUGCGUUUUGAUCCGUAGACUAGUUUUAGUCCACUUUAAAGCCAAGACAAAACCGGACUAUGACUGGGUCAAAACUUUGCUCUGCGCUCCUGCGGAUGAUCCAGUGAGAAGUGUCAGAUCAUAUGUAGUUUAAUCGUGUCUUCCUGAAGAUGUUAGGAAGUCCGUCAAACAACGGCGGCAUCAGAAUGCUGGUGCCCCCGGCUCCGAGCGACGACAGGCGGGUAGAGUUUGUGGCUCUCACCGCUGUCCACACGGAGAGAAGCGAGCCGUCCACCCCGGAGCGCGGACACCCGUCUCACCGCACAGGUCUGCUGGGUACCCCGCUGCCCGGGCCGCCGGGACCCCGGGCCAACACGUCUGCCUCUAGCAAACGCUACAGGAAGUUGCAAAACUGUCUGUACAACGUGCUGGAAAGACCAAGAGGAUGCGCAUUCAUCUAUCACGCAUUCAUUUUUCUGCUGGUGUUCAGCUGCUUGGUGUUGUCUGUGUUCUCCACUAUCCCUGACCACCAGAAGUUUGCCAACCAAGGCCUCUUCAUCCUGGAGUUUGUGAUGAUUGUGGUGUUUGGGUUGGAGUACUUCAUCAGGAUCUGGGCGGCUGGCUGUUGCUGCAGAUACCGUGGAUGGCAGGGACGGCUGAGAUUUGCCAGGAAGCCCUUUUGUGUCAUAGACUUCAUAGUAUUUGUGGCGUCAUUGGCAGUGAUAGCAGCAGGCACACAGGGCAACAUCUUCGCCACGUCAGCCCUGCGCAGCAUGCGCUUUCUGCAGAUCUUGCGUAUGGUGCGAAUGGACAGACGGGGAGGCACCUGGAAACUACUGGGCUCAGUGGUUUACGCUCACAGCAAGGAGUUGAUUACAGCCUGGUACAUAGGUUUCCUGGUCCUGAUCUUUGCCUCCUUCCUCGUCUACCUGGCAGAGAAAGACAUCAACUCAGACUUCAACACCUAUGCAGACUCCCUCUGGUGGGGGACUAUUACUCUAACCACUAUUGGCUAUGGUGAUAAGACACCUCGUACCUGGCAGGGGCGGCUCCUUGCUGCUGGCUUUGCUCUUCUGGGAGUCUCCUUCUUUGCCCUGCCUGCCGGAAUCCUGGGGUCAGGCUUUGCCUUGAAGGUGCAAGAGCAGCACCGGCAGAAGCACUUUGAGAAGAGGAGGAUGCCUGCUGCCAACCUGAUACAGGCUGCAUGGCGUCUCUACUCUACAGAUGCCAAACACUCAUAUCUAACAGCCACUUGGUACUUCUAUGACAGCAUGUUGCCUUCGUUCAGAGAACUGACGCUACUGUUCAGUCACCUCCAGCGACAGCGUAACACCAAGAAGGUUCUCCACAACUCCUACCACACGCUGCUGUCUGGGCUCCGGCCCUACAGCUCCCCCUACCUGUCGGGGGACAGUCAGCUCCUUUCUAAAAAACGGGGUCUCUUCCGGAUUCACGCUGGCCGCAAGCAGAGCAGUAAAAUGGGCUUCCGGGAUCGGAUUAGGAUGAACAAUUCCAGAUCAUCCCAAACCAUUCGGAACAAGGCGUCACCACUGCCCCCGGGCUCCAGCGUCCGGCGCUCUCCCAGCCAGGAGAACGUCGCCGAGGCCACCAGCCCGGGGAAGGUCCAGAAGAGCUGGAGCUUUAAUGACCGCACACGCUUCCGCACAUCCCUUCGCCUUAAACCACGCCCACCUGCUGAUGUGGAGGGGGUCGGGGAGGACAGUGUGGAAGACAAACCAUAUUGUGACGUGGCCAUGGAGGAGGUAAUCCCAGCAGUGAAGACACUCAUACGGGCUGUCAGGAUCUUAAAGUUCCUUGUGGCCAAGAGGAAGUUUAAGGAGACGCUGCGUCCGUAUGAUGUGAAGGACGUCAUAGAGCAGUACUCUGCUGGACACCUGGAUAUGCUGGGCCGUAUCAAGAGCCUGCAGAUGCGGGUGGAUCAGAUAAUUGGACGAGGAGCUGUGCAGCCCGAUAAGAAGACGCGCCCUGAGAAGGGAGAGAAGACGCCACCAGAACUGGACCCACUGGAUGAGCUAAGCAUGAUGGGACGUGUAGUCAAGGUGGAGAAACAGGUUCAGUCUAUAGAGAACAAGCUGGACCUCCUGCUCAGCUUUUACUCCCAGUGCCUAAAGAAAGGCUCAUCCAACUUUACCCUGUCCACCCUCCUGGACCCCGACCUGACAUCUGACUACCACAGCCCUACGGACCAAAGAGACCUCUUCCCCUCUGCCAACACACUCAACAUCUCCAUGUCUGAGAGCGGCAACUUGGAAUGACAGUGAGCUGAGCAGUCCCGGGGCUGUUCGAACACAGACACAAACCCUUUACAGUACGUCUUCCUGCGGCUGAGUCCUCACUUCAAGCAGCCCGACCUUAAUCUCUUCUUUUUCCCCUUCAUUUCAUAUCUGUCUGGGAUGACUUUUACCCCUCCAUCUCAAAUCUGCUCUCCUCACCUCUUUUCCCUGAAGUGAAUGUGUUUCCAAAGCUGAUACAGACAGAGGCCACCAGAUGGCUCCACCUGACAAGGCCAAAGCUACUCACCGCACACGCCUCUGAACCCACUAGAUGAGGAUGGAGAUGAAGAGAGAGGACACAUGGACGACUGUGACUUGACUACUGAACCACUUUCACUCACUCACCUCAUGCUAUUUAUCUACGCCUACUUUAAAGCUUCAACUGUAGAUAAUCAGACUUUGGAUUUUUAUAGAUCUUUGGAGAAGUCUUUCCCCCAUCAUCAUCAUUUCUUUUCUUUUUUUUUUCUUGGCUGCUUGAAUCAACUGACUGAGAGUUUGCUGACUCAGUUGACACAGUCAGUGCUGCAAGUGCCAUGCCAGUCAUUUGUCCAGUACCUUAAGAUGGCAUUGCAGUUAUGGAUACUGCGAUGAAUGUAAUGGCUCCCACCUGCACAUUUCCGAUUUCACGCCACCAUACGACUAAAAAAUAAGCACUAAAGAAGCCGUCAACGCAGAAAAAUCUAUUCCCUCGGACCUGGACAGGCAGACUGGGCUGACAGCCAUCUCGCCAAAGCACCAAACCUCCACGUUACACCUUCCCACCCGAACAAGGGAGUUUUAAAUAUGUAAAUCCUUGCUUUAAAUGCCCAAAAAGAGCUGGGAGAAUGUGUUGGGAGUGACUGAUGUGUACUGUACAUUGUUGUUUGUUUUCAUCUCCAUUCCCUCUCUAAGACUUCCUGUCUCCAACAAGCCCACUUGCAAAAAAAAAAAUCACAAACAACUUAUUCCCUGUUUGGAUGGCAUUCAAGUGAGGAAUGUUCCGACUUAUUUAGGAUUUAUUAGAGCCAAAAUGUCCUCUCACCGGUCCAAAAUCCCUUCUUUGCAAUGUUUCAAAGGCUGUCGUAGCUCCUUGAGUAUUUCAGUAACCUAACUUUGUGUUUGCCCUUUAAACCUCUCUGUCUUGCAGCCCACCCCUCCAGACAUGCAUGAUCCUCAGACCCAUCCUGUAGAUAAAACCUCACUGAUCCCCAGUCAGAAUUGAGACAUGUCACGUUUUCUGCACCGUUCCUCAUCACUCGCGUCUAGCCUCAGGUCAGGCAGUCCGUAAUACUUCACAGCCUUUCUUACAGGAGGAUAGUUCUCACUCUCUUACCACUCUCACACACUCUCUUGCAGUCAGCAACUGUGGACAACAAUGUAGAGACUUUUUGGCCAGUUUGAUGCAGUUUUAAACAAUGAACAACAUUUAAGGCGUCCAGGUCUAACACAUGAAUUCCAGGCCAUUAUCCUUAUGAAUGCACGCGUCUUAGGAAAUGGUUCCAGCCUUACAGCUCCACUGCAGACGGACUGUGUGCAGUGUUGAGGCUCCAGUCGCCACCUGUAGCUAUUACUGACUAUCAUCGCCAGCCCACUUUACUCUCUGCUGUCUUUUCUGGUUCUUUCUUGGACAUGUUUGAUGCACAGUAAAUAAAUGCUCUGUGCUUGUGGACAAAACUGGAGAGUGCACAAAUGCACACACAUAAGGACACACACACACACACACACACACACACACACACACACACACAUACACAAUGAAAGCAAUUCCUUUUCUUAAAUACUUUGGCACUUGAUAAAUAUAACACAUUUUUUUGUCUUGUACAAUUUUACCUUUUUGUUUAAAUUUCUUUACUGUAAUAAUGUUCAUGCACUCAAUUUUUAUUGUGUAACCUAUAAUGGCAAAUUUCUAUGUUUUUUUUAGAAUGAUUUUGGUUGUUAAAGUGACUGUAGGGUUUAAGUUAAUAUAUUUAAUUCAGUUAGAUACAAUCUUUGAAUAAAUGUAGCAUUUUUUGUCAAGUUGAAUCAUGGAUGACACAACUGUAACUACACACAGCUGAUCAGGUUCGCACUCACAACUCGCAGAGCUCAUAUGUAUAUUUUUUUAAUGUCAUCAGAUGAUUGCUGCCAGCUUCAAGAAAAAACAUUCACUCAACUGUAUUUGGCCAGUGAAAACAGUUCGUCUCUCCCUGCAAGUGAUUAAUUUAUUUGGUCCAGUCAAGCCAGUUGACUCAGGUGCUCCACUUUUCCAUUCAAGCCAAGCCUAGACUUCAAACAGUGAAUGUACUUCAUUGCUCACUCUAUCUUAGAUCUAUUAAUGAUCUGAUGCUCUCGCUGCCAUGGGGAAUAAAAUGGCAAAACUAAGCUCGCUGUCGGCAUCAUACAAUCUUUGCAUUCAUUUCAUAGAGAAAUGCUAGGUCGCUUUAUUCUUUGUCUACUUAAAGAAGUCUACUUAUUAGAGGCAGUAUUAGACUGAACACGUCAUUGUCACCUGGAAUGUUGAGCUCCAUGAAAAUGUACGUGAGACCACUGUAUUGCAUGUUGUUGUUAGUGGUGGCCCCAGUGUUAGAAGUAAAAAAAAAAAAAUCUUAAGGAUGUCUCCUGUAAAGUCUUGAGUCAAGACAUGAAAGGAAAUGACCUGUGCCUUCUAUGUCCUCAUUCUGUAUCUGAUAUGGAUCUGUCUCUAACUUAAAUGCUGCUUUGAAGAGAACACUAUUAGGGGUAUCACAUGCUCUUAAUUUUUUUGCAAAACUUCGAUCCAACUAAAGAAACAGCACCAAAAUUGUUCUGAACAUGUAAUUUUAGGGUUUAGGGUGCUGCAACCUUGGAUAUUUUCUGAGAAUAUUACUGUAUGUUUAGCAUAUCAUUGUAACUCUACCAGGACCUCCUGGCAUCAACACACUUACUGUAACACCAGUCAGAUCUGGAGGCUGGAGGCAUGGACAUUCGUGUCGUCACAGGAAACUCUGCAGGCAUGUGUCCUUCCAUAAGCAUGUCACAUAGAGAAAUAUGGCUUCCACACAACUACCUCUGAGGCCACUAGGGGGCGCUAGUCUAGAAAACCAAGUAUGAGAAACAGUAACCGAUUGUCUAACUGACUGAAUGCUAUGCAUGACUCAAUCUGCACGUUCUCUUUUUCACUCUGUUCUUCUUCACGACGCCCGACUAUCCAUCGUUCACUGACUUGCUGCCAUUUGACAUUCCAGCUCGUUGCCCUUUAACUGCUCUCUUAGGUAUUGGAACUGUUGUUAAAAUAAAACACAAACUGAUCAAAGCAAUAAGCAAAAUGUUAAGCCAACAAAGUCUUCCAAUUCCAAUUGAUGUAGCUACUGGUUGAUGAAAUAUGGCGCUUAUUUUAUUUUCUAAUCUAAUGUACACCUCUAUUUGAUCUUUUAAAGAGAUACAAAAAUGUGUAUCUGAUGAGGAUAAAAUUAGCUCACUUGACUAAUUUAUUAAUUUAUUUGUUUCAAUAAAGCUCUUUGGACUGUAA